AAACUGAUUGUCGCAAACAUGCCACGAUUCAACGAAAUACUGUGCGCUGCUGCGUCUCUGUCAAACAUUUUGUUGACAGUCAACAGCAGCCCACUGCCGAAUGGCUUCACUGCCCGUACCUCUUGUCCUGAUCUGAAUGGGACCUUCUCGAUCGAGCAACUGGGCUUGUAUCCCGAGAAUGUCGACUUUGAUGUCAAUUCGUGCUUACUUUACAUUGGUGUUUUAUUCAAUGCAACACUCGGUAUUCAUGAUCCGUACCAGAGCACUACAGAAAUCAUCUCUUUUCCCGACAUAACUGGCAAUCCUACCUUUCACCUCAGUGGCGUGGCAACCAAUCCUUAUACCAACCUUACAUCUAUUGUUGUGAACGCAGGCGCAGCGUUCGAUUCUGGCGGUCAAAAUAUCGCCGGUACCAACCUUCUCCUGCUCUGGGACCCCGCAACCAAGGAAGAAGUGUACCGGGUCAAUCUUACCGAAACAACCCAAGGCAUAUACGGAGGCUUCCAAGAUGUGGAGUUCGAUAGCGAAGGCAAUGUAUACGUUGUCGGCACUUUUCCGUCGAGUAUCCUCAGGGUGGAAGAUAACGGUGCCAAUGUGAACGAAUGGUUCAAUAGUAACGGGAAUCAUACUGUUACUGGGUUCCAGCGCUCCCAACGUAACGUAAUCGUAACGUAGU